AUGUCGAAUGGCAGAAAGGGCACGUAUCGGGACGCUGCUUAUCGAAGGCUAAUUAACCAGUAUGGCAUCUGCUUUGAGGGGAUGUUGUCUCCGGAUCAGUGGCCAAGCGAUUAUGCAAACACUUUCCAGGUUAUUGAGGAAAUGAGCAACAUCCGGAAAGAGCAAUACGUCAAUGCUUCUAAUGAAAACGAUUUGUGCACCAUGAAAACACUCAUACGACUUGAAAAGCUCAUGAUUUCAGCUCAGGAUUGUCGGCAGAAAGUGGCCAACGAAAUGGAGUGGAGGGAAUCUGUCGAAUUCAGUGUUUUUGCUCCUUUUACCUCUGCAACUAUUUGUCGGUCUUGCCCCAAUUCAACUCUAACUCGGACGGCGGAUUUUGAAGCCUGGCCUAUCAAUCUCAAUGAGGUCCAAAGACUUCGACAGAAACGUGCCAAAAGAAGAUCUUGUCCUUGCAGCUUCAAAGACCGUGCAAAUUCGAAUCCUUACCCGAACACUGAAAAUCACUGGUUCUCCAAAAGACUUAGUCACAAGAUUGUCCACGAAGAUGUCACCACAGCAGACAAGAAAGCCAUCACGGAUCAAGAGCCCGACGUGGUGAUUGGAUUGAGAUAUACAGAGACUCUUGGGCAGUUGCUCUCGUCAAGGAAGAGUCGAUACAAUCCUUUCAAAGAUGAAUAUGUCGUCUUUCCCUUCAUUGUCAUUGAAGCUAAAUCCGAGGAAUCGGAUGGUGGGUUUGGGGCAAUCGAACGACAAAGCGCAUUUCCAGUACGGACAUGCCUGAGACUUCAACAACGUAUCAAAACGGAAACAGGAUCUCAACACUUGUGCCUAGUAUGGUUCUUCGCAUAUAAGGGUGACAUGUGGUGGUUAUAUGGCGCUGUACCGGAGGGCCACAGAACACGAGUCAUUCGCCUAUGGCGUGGAAGUCUGCUCUCACAGAAUGAAGCGCUUCAAUUGCUCCUAAUCGUCGAUUAUAUCCACAGCUGGGCUAUUGAUGUCUACAGGGAUAGUAUACUCAUGUCUCUAGCCGGGACCCCGGAGAAUCUGAGAAUCCUCGCACCGUCUCUUGCCGACAACACAUCCGAUGCUGUCUGGGAAGAUAGACUUAGCGCAGCAGACGUUGAGUUGCGACACUUGGUCCGGCCAGGAAAUCUUCGUUCGAGAACUGCCACUGAGGAUUUCGAGGAUUGCCCGCAUCAGCCAACGGAAUUACUUCGCACGAUCUAUACUGCACAAGCUGUUUUCAAUUUUUCGGCACGGGAACAAGAUUACAGCCAGUGGCUACGAUGGGCCACAAUGAAACCAGGGAGUCCACAGUGGGUCGGAAAAGCAACAAUCCGGCAUGUCAAUUUGGUUGAAACCAGUCGUAAACAGCUGAUAUUACCCGAGGAUACUCAGAUGCUCCAGUUUUAUCUGCGAUCAUGCUGUCCAAGCGUCAAUAUCAAAGACGCUGCCAUGCGGCUAUUGCAAACCAUGGAGGAUGACAGCUUUACCAUCGCUAAGAAUAAUGGGGCUAUGUCAAGGCUGAAUGAUCAAUCUCUUGAUUCGAUGAUAUCAGUGAGAACUUUGAUAUACGUUCAGUCCCAGCUGAAUCCAGAAAGCUGGCAGCUGACACGACAGCUGAUUCAGGUGGUUUGCAGUGUUAGAGCAUUGCAAGAACUAGCAAGGAUCGCAGGAAGAGCGGACGAAUGUGUACUCGAGACUGUGUGUAAUGCUCAUGCACAAGAGUAUUUCAAUCGAGCCUUUGACUCAUUAAAGGUUGUUGAUGGCCACACAUCUGCUCAGAUGGCUCUUGCGGGGCAUCCUUUACGCCUCAGGCUUGCCUCGAAUAACGGUGACACACUGGAUUUCGAAUGGGCACAGUUCAGCCAUGGUGAAUGCAAGCUUACCCUCGACGAGCUUUGCCAGCUAACGUCGACUGCUGCAGAGGGUCGCGAACUCUCGAAACGUUAUACAGUCGAAGCGCCUGCUCUGCACAGAAUACUACCAAGGCUGGAGGCACCAGUUACAUCCACCGGUCUCUUAGAGAUUCCCAGAUCCAGAAAGCAGACGAUCUUGAUCAAAAAGCCAGAUAGCUGGCCUUCCACUACCCAGACGUUUUGCCUCCUGGUCCUGGAUGACGAAAUCAAUUUUGAAGAUACCGCUACACUUGGCAGGCUGAUUCGAGAAGCCAGAAUUGCAGGAGAGAUGCUCGGUGGCAGUCAUCAUCUGACCCAAGGCUGGAAAUUCGACCAGGCUGAUGGAUACUUUAUUGAUCGCUGGAUCCAUAUCAUGGAGGGACGCCUACCUCAAACAACAGCUACAGGAUCAAUUGCAGCACAAAAAAUCUAA